CCCGCCCGCCCGGUCGCCGCCGCCGCAGCCGCCCGAGAGGAGCUGGGGAAGGACGGUGGCCCGCGAGGCUCGUCGCAGACAACGCGGCGGCGAUGUCCGCGAGCCAGGCGGGAGCCGCGGCGGCAGCGGCGGGGCCUCGCGGACGGCACGGCGGCCUGGGCUUCGGCCUUCCUCCGGUUCCUAGGAAGCGGGCCGACGGCCAGCGCGGCAGCAGCAGCGGCAGAGACGGAGGCUCCGGCGCGUCUCUCUCCUCCCCUUGAGCCUGAGCCGGGGGAGGCCAGGCGGCCCGGGUGGCUGGAGAGGGGUCCGCUGCCCGAGAAUGGGAAUUCUCUUCACCAGAAUAUGGAGACUGUUCAAUCACCAGGAGCACAAAGUUAUCAUUGUUGGGCUGGAUAAUGCAGGAAAAACUACCAUCCUUUACCAGUUUUCUAUGAAUGAAGUUGUACAUACGUCCCCAACAAUAGGAAGUAAUGUAGAAGAGAUAGUGAUUAAUAAUACACGUUUUCUAAUGUGGGACAUUGGUGGCCAAGAAUCUCUUCGUUCUUCCUGGAACACUUAUUAUACUAACACAGAGUUUGUAAUAGUUGUUGUGGACAGUACAGACAGAGAAAGGAUUUCUGUAACUAGAGAAGAACUCUAUAAAAUGUUAGCCCAUGAGGACCUAAGGAAAGCUGGAUUGCUGAUUUUUGCUAACAAACAAGAUGUUAAAGGAUGCAUGACUGUAGCAGAAAUCUCCCAGUUUUUGAAACUAACUUCUAUUAAAGAUCACCAGUGGCACAUCCAGGCAUGUUGUGCUCUUACUGGCGAGGGGUUAUGCCAAGGACUUGAAUGGAUGAUGUCACGACUUAAGAUUAGAUGAUCUCUACUGACCUCUUCUCAUAGACUUUGUGUAAAUGAAGUGCUGGACUUUACCUGAAAGCUGCAAAAAUUAAUGGUUUAGAUAUAUUUAUAAUAAACUGAUUUAAACAUUUAAACUUUUUCUAUAAGAAGAAAAAUUAAGACCACUUAUUUGAAAACACAGAUGAAGUUUCACCUUUCAGUCUGCUUUCUCAUUAGUUCCUUCCAAAGCAAGGUCUUAAAGCUGUGAUUGACAUUUUUCUCAUAAUGAAUCCUCUCAGGACACUGUGUAGCCUGUGGUAAGUACAAAGGGAGAGGAAGACAUUUUUAACUUUCAGAGCUUUAUUAUCAGUAUAACCCUCCCUUGUUGAAUGUCGUUCUCUUCCUGUUCCAUUAAGUCAAAAUACAAAUCAGCACAGAUACUCAGUUUCCAAUAUUUUAAAAUGUAAUUAUGAAAAGUAUUUUACAUAAGGUUGUGUAUGUAUUGUGUAUAUACCUCAAGUUCGAGUUAAUGGCUUUGAAUCAUGUUCUUAAAGAAAAGCAAAUAACACAGAAACUAGUAUCCUUAGUUACAGAUAUAACGGGAUGAGUACUGGCAUUGAUGGUGAGUGCCAUCUCGUACUUCCCCUAUGUUCUCUGUAUCAUACUAACCUACCCCCAAAUCAUUGAGCCGCUCUUUUAAAAAAAAAGAAAGGACAGAGCUUCACAUUGUGUCCCUGAUUUUUUACUGAGCGAAUCACAUACAUGGAAAGCUGUAAUCUGGCUGAGUGGAGUGUCUGUCAUAUUCUCGACUUAGUAUUACUGGUGGACAGAAUAGCACACUGACCAGUGAUCAGAUUGCUCCCUUUAUUGGACCUUAUGCCAUCUAAAUUUACUGAGUGAAUUGUUAAUCCAUUAAUUGGCCAAUCAUUAAUUGUGAUUAAAAUUAUAAAGUGAUUUUUUUUCAGCAUUAAUUGGAAACUGUUGUGUGAUAUAUGUCUACCAAGAGAAGUAUCACGCCAUAAACAUUGUCAAAUAAUUUAGCUACAGUCUUCUUAGAUAACAAAUUAUAUGUCAAGCAUUUAAAGUGAAUUUGAGAUGAAAGGUGAAGCGUAUUUUCUAAGCAGUGAAGAUAAUUUGAAAAUUCCUGAUUUCUUAGGAGUUGAAGUAGGUUGAGGUUUUAUUUGUGUCUAAGUUUUCUUUUAUCAUCUUUAUACCAUGUGAAUGUAUUGUUUGACAGUUACAAAAUACGAAUUUUUUUUAAUGCUUUUAAGAAUUUGGUUUAAAAAUUGAUCAACAUAAUGUAUUUUAUUAAGAAGUAACUUAGCCCCCAAACUUUAUAUGUUUACUUGGGUAUUUCUUUUUUCUCCACCUGAAAAUCUAAGAUAUUUCUGUUGUAACUGUAAGCAAACUUAUCCUAAAUGUGUUAAAACAUAUUCUUGGGUACUAUGUUGGUGUAUCUUUCAUGCCCUGAAAAUCUGAUGACUAGUGCAAAACUGGCGUGUUUUAGAAUGUUCAAGGGAAAAAAAUUACUUUUAAUCCCAGCCUUUUAAAUUUCAAAGAUUUUGAUGAGAAAUAGUACAUACUAUAAUUACUGACAAAACUCGGAAAGUUCCUUUCUAUAAAAUAUAAAAUACUCAUUAUAUAAAUCCAAGUCAGGCAUGGGAGAUCAGUGUUUAAAAUUAUAUUUUGUUUUAUAUUUAUAUUAUGUUCAAAAUGCAAAUAUAACACUUUAAUAUUUGUCAACUUCCUUUUAAAAAGUAAAUCCUAAAUUUCUAACUUUAGUUGUUCAUAUAUCCUCACACUUUGAAAUCACUAUAAGGAAUUGCUUGUAUAUUAAAAACCCAGAUCUAUUUUGUAGAUGUUGCAGUGUCAUCAGAAACAAAUACUCUGUAAAGUAACCCAGCAAAUCCACACCUUUUAUCCUUUUUGCCUUUCAGUUUGAGUAAUUAUAAUUUAUUUCCUUGGAUUGCCGCCACAUCAGUUCAACUGUAUACCCGCACAGUCCGUCCCUUGUCUUCAAGGUGUUGGCCAAAAUUUAAUCUUAAUUGGAUGUUUAAAGCGCGUCUUACCUUGUCACAAUUGGUGUAGUGAUUGACAUGGCAUCGUCUAGAAUGCAUGUACUCUUAUACCACAUUGAUAAAACAUGCUUUUUUGGUUAUAUCCUACCCUCUAGGCCAAGCAUUAGAAAUAAGAUGGGUACCUUUAUUGUUGUUGUUUCAGUCACUAAGUUGUAUCUGACACUUUUGUGACCCCAUGUACUGUAGGGUACCUUUAUCCUUGUGCAUAAAACCAGAAUUACAGCAGAAAAAUUUUUUUAAUUUGUAAUGUGAAAAUACAUCAAAAUCAUUUUAACAGUAUUACUUCCAAAUAACAUGGAGCACCUCAUGAAUAGUCAUGUUGGCAAUUUAUAUGUAGUUUUUAAGUGGAAUUAAGCAAAGGGCAUUGUUUUUGGUUUUUUAAUAUACUAUGUUUGGAUUAAACAAACAUCUUAUUUAGGGUUAUCAUGCUCAACUUUGGAAAGAACAAAGCUCCAUACCUCUGUUCAUGUGACUGGAUUUAAAUAUCCUAUGUUUGAUACUAAUUUUGAAAAUCCUGUAACUUCUCUCAAUACCGUGAUAAAAGGAACCAUAUUGCUAAAUGCAUUUAAAUAUGUUUAAUUUUGUCAUGUAGCAUUUAGAAAGUAUAUCUUACACAUUCUGAUGAGGAUCCUUGUUUGAAAUUUUCCAGUUCUGUCUUCUUUGGCCCUCAUGGAUGGGCAAAGAAUACAUUGAAGGCUGGUGGUUUGGGGUGCAGAGGAAAGUGGGUAGGGAAUAUGACAUUUUGCCUUAAGAAUAAAAAAGUGCUUCACCUGCUGUCUGGCAUUUUUAAUGCAGGUAGUUAAAGUGAUUUUAGAAGCACGGCAUGGAAUAGAAAAGAGUUUCUGUUUUCUGGUCUUGAAGAAGUGCCUAGUAGGUAGUGACAGUGGGAUCAGAGAAGUGCAGGGCACCGAGCAAAGGCAGGAAGUCCCUGAGACAUUCUUGUCUCUCUUGUCUGAGUGUAUAGUACUAAGAUGCCUAGAAAUGGGAUUCUGCUGUCCCAUCUCUUAGGCACUUUACAUUUCUUGCUGUGACUACAGCAACUACAUACAGUACAGACAACCUCAAAUUUUGUCCAUAUUAGUGUAAAUAGAAAAACUGUAGACAACUUUCUGGUUUUCUCUGCAGGCCUUUUCGGGAAUUUAUCUGUCAUGUUCUACUUUGUAUAUAGGGGACAGCAGCACACCCCAGACUAUCAGUGCACUCUGGGGUUAUCUUCUCUCAAUUGCCCAGUUGUAUCCUGAAAUGAAUCCAUCUUUCAAGGCCGGGUUUUGCAUGACUUAACUUUGAACCCUGCCACUGUCCAAGUAUAAUCUGGAACUUCUUGCUUCAGGAUUGGCUUUCCCAUAGCUCAGCAUCCCCUGCACUCCUUUCUCCAUCAACGAAGAUAUGUUCUCUUGGUCCUGGAGAUAUUCUCAACUUUACCUCUAUCCAUUAUUCUCCAAACUGCUAGCCUCUAAGUUGGUUCUCUGGUCCUGUGCUAUCCUCCACUGGCUUGAUUCAUUGAUUUGCACUUUGCUUAUUAGAGAGUAUUGUCAGAGUUGUUGAGUACAUCACAAACUGGCUUGCUGUGUGCACAGCACAUAAAUGCCUGCAGUCCUUUAAAUUAUACUGUAUUUAGCAUUUUAAUGCUUCUUAAUUUUAGCUUCUCACACUGAAAAGUAGAUUCAGAAAGAUAAGUACCUAGACUGCCAGCUCCUUGAGCUGCUAGUUAGAUGUGAAAGGGAUUAAGUUACACGUGUAUUCUCUUCCCAUUCCAAAAAUGAGGUAUAUGUUGAAUAAUGUCCAUACAAAGAGUAUGAAGAGAAAGACGACAAACCAAAUCAUAUAUGUAGUGCUUAACCUGAAGCCAUCCCCACAUCCUUAAAAUCAUAAACCACAUCCAUUUCUCCCCCUCACGUUUACUUAAAGAACAGAGGUAAAUAUUAACUGUCUAAAGGAAUUAGCAAUGAGACACUUAUCCUUACAAACUAAACCUGUUGAAAUGAACUUUAAAAAACAUCAGAAUUAUCAGCCAUCAUGUUAUGACACUGUAGAUGCAGAUUUAAUAUAGAAAAUAAUUUUUUUAAAGUUCUGCUUAUAUAAAAACAAUACUUCUAUAUCAUGCUCCCACAAAGAAUGUGUGGUGUUUAAGACCGGCACGGUGGAGUAAAGGAAAGAGUUUUAAAACUUCGGAUGCUAAAGAGUGACUGCUUCUAUUAAACCCUAAAAUUGUGUAUGGAAUUAUGAAGAAAUUGUAAUAGGAUACAGUUGGGUUAAUUAUGCAAUAUAUCUUAUCAAUUGUCUAGCCCUUGUGUAUUGUUCUAAAAACUAAAGUUUGAAUCUUUAUGGUCUUGCCUGCUAGAUAUUAUGUUCUUUGGUAGAGAAUUCCCAUAGUCUGUACUCAACAAGUGCCUAAAAUUGAUUUGUGUUGAUUUUUAAGUCCAUCUAAUAAAUUAUAUGUGUUUUCUAUGGUAUUACAUGUGCUUGGCUUACUGAUGAUACAGCCUUGAGGGUUUUUAAGUCAUAAUUUUUGCUUUGAAUAAAAAGCCUUGAAAAUGCAAAUACCCACCCUAACCUUGAAUAAACCGUAGGUGAAGGAAGCGCGAGCAGAACCAUUUUUCCUCUUUACAAGUACAAAUAUCCCGACUCUGGUGUUCGUUAAUGCCGAAACUAGAAAAAACUCUGUUGCUGUUUUUUAAAAUAGUUUUCACACACAGAAAAUUAUAUUGUGUGUUUUAAAACCUUAGUAAAAGUUUGUUGCCUGUGUAAGAGUAGCCUCUUAAUUCUCCUCAUACUUAGUGGUUAGUAAUUUUGUUGUAUCAUUUAGAUCUUGCACCAUUUCAUGUGCAUGCACGCCAGAAUCCUUCCUCUUUAGAUUCUUCUUGAAAAAUAAAAUAUUUGAUAGGAUGCUGUUAUGUUUCUCAUAUUCAUUCUUCUUUUUUUCUUUUUCUUUCAUUUUCUUUCUUUCCUUCUUGCUCCUUCCUUUCUCCCUCCCACCCUUCCUCCUUUUUCCUUCCUCUUUUCCAUCUUUCCUUCCUCCCUUCUUCCUUCCUUCCUCUCUCUCUCUCUCUGUUGACUGUGAACUCUAGGGGCAAAGACUUGACUUUUUUCAGUGAUUUACAAUUAUAUUUUGUUUCUAUUUUAAACAAUCUUGCAUGAAAAGUGAAAGGUAUAUAUGAUUUUAAUUAUUAUAUACUAUUCUCUUCCCAAACGUCUUACAUUUGUGAUAUAAAGAAUUCCUCUAAUUAUUUUUGCUUGAAAUAGUCCUUUAGAUUAGAGUAGCUUUUUCUUACUUUAUGUCCCUCUAUGGUUCCUUAAGAGGAAGUGAUACCUGCAGAGCACUUUUAAAGAUAUUUUUUAGGUUAAUGUUCAAGAUAACACAUUGAAAAGAAAGCUAUAAUUAUGUCCAAUGAGGGCUCUUUUGGUUGCUAGAGAUGAGGAAAAUGUAUACUGAUUUUAAUUUGUGCUUAAAAUACAUUUUACUAAUUAACUAUUGAUUUUUAAAUAUGACACAUUCUUCUUGUAGAUAUUAAUCUUCCUUACUGUAUUUUCCUAGAGAAACCUAAAUGAGGAUGUGUUCCAACUAGUCUCUGUAUAUUGGCAUAUAUGCUCUAUGUAUAUUGACAUAAUUGAAACUGCAUUUAAUACACCAAAUUAGAAAUUUUUUGAACAUUUUUAGGUUUAUUGUAUUAAAUUUUCUGAUAUACAAGGUUUUGACUCAAGCUUUGUAUGCAAGAAGAGGUGGACAUUUUUUCUUAUCUCUUUGUCAUUUUAUUAACUUGUAUUUCUCUGUAUCCUAGGAAAAUUUUACAUUCAAGAAAUGUUCCAAAAAGUGAUGAUCUUAGGGCACUCGGGUGCUUUUGUAUUUCAUCAGUGCUGAUAUGUUAGUUACGUAGGGAAGUAAUGCUUCUGGACCUUCCUGACAAGACAACUUUGUGGGUGACUGGGGGAUACUUAUGUUGGUGCUCAUGUUGGACGUCAUGGCUUUGAUGUAGGGACUUCUCCAUUGGUAAAAUAGUGCAGUCAGCUUUUUUGCAGGUGUGUUACUUCAUUAUACUUGUAACAUCAUUCUUGUGUCCAUAACUGAAAUGUCAAGCUGCAGAAAUGUAAGGCACUGGGUCAGGUGACCAAUUGUAGGACCUUGUUUAUAAUGAAAUAAAGAAAUAAUGUUAAGGUGUGUCUGAGGGGAAAUAACAAAUACAAUUUUACUGGUGAAUUUCCAUGUUUAAUAUGUAUAUUAACUUUUUUUUUAAAGUUGCAUGUAAACCUGGUAUAAAGUAUUGUCUCUGCUUUAUGCUUUGAGUAAAAAGAAAAAAAAAGAUGAGUUAAAUUGUUACCCUAUUAUGUACUGUUACAAAUACCUUUUCUUUUAGAAAAGGUUAAUUAUAAUUACUAUUCACAUGUC